UCUUUUAAUUUAAUCGAAUUAACCAGCGCCUUUUGCUUUGCAGCCGAUAUCCACAACAUGAAGACCUUCAUCGAGUCCCAUAAAAUUUACUACGAGAAACAAGAGAAGAAAGGCCUGUGGGCUUUGGAUCUCGCGAAAAGAAUUCAUUCUGCUGAAGGCAAAGAAUGUUUGGACGAAGAGACUCUGUCACGGCUGAACUCGACACUGCUAGCGAUGCAGUCCAACAUGAGUUGUCAGUACGAUUCAUUCAUAAGCAAAAAGAAACGCGAACUGAAAGGCGACCGCCUUGGCCUUGCACUUUUGCCUUCCUUCGAGCAAUGGAUCGACAAUUUCGACGAAGAGGAGGAAGGUUCGCCCGGCGAAUUUAGUGAAGACAACGCCUAUUACACCGACAAUCCAGAAAAUUCCGAGAGAAAGAUAAGCGUUCAAGAAUCCACCGUCAUCAAAGAAGAGUCCAAAAAAUCCACAGUUGAAAAGACGAAGAUCGAGGUUCCUCCUACUAGUACCAAGAAUUCCGUCAAGAAGAAACGAGGUCCUUACAAGAAGAAAACUCCUGAGGAGAAGAAUGCCAUGAAAAUUGCAGGCGCUAAAAUUGAACAACUUCUGAUGGGCGCUUCAGAACCAAGAUAUGAAUCCAGUGACCGCAGUUUGGACAAUAAAUGUGAAAGCUCCGCUGAAAGUCUACCUGAGAAAAACAUGGACAGGAAAAAGCCCAAGAAGAAUGCGGCAGGGCAUAUUAAUUUUAAUUACGCUGAACAAAAUCAUGACAGUGAUUUUUCAGAUGGUCCGUUUAAAAAUGACACCACAGCAAUGCGAUCAUCUAGAAUUUCGAACAAAAAGCCUGUAAAGGACAAGAUUAGAAAUUUUACCACCGAUAGUGCCUUACAGAAACCUCGACAAAAAUUAAGUGACGGGAAAAGUAAGAAGCCAAUUUCAGUUAGCGGUAAAUAUCUAUUUGGUGACGACAGCAGUGACGAAGAUAGCGAUUUUGAGAACUCUGAAACAAGUAAGCAGACGGAAACGCCUCCCAAUAAGCCUGAAGUAUGUGAUCGUCUCGGAGCAAAUCAUGUAGUUAAUAAUCAGCCUAAUAAGACUCCGAACCUGCAAUUAAAGCUGAGUGAAGAAACACCUCCAUCGCUACCUAUUGGACGAAGCAUUCAUGGGAUUGCCAAGAUAAGCCGUGUAUUUGAUCGGGAAGUUGUAACUAGCAGUGCCAGACCUGAUAGAAAAGCUCGUAAAGACGAACCUGUCAAGUUAGGGGCAAGAAAUAAACACGUUACGCCAUCAUAUAACGUCAAGGAAAUUGGCACUCUAAUGCGAGAAACCAUGAAGGAGAAACAAAAGCUACUGAAGAACAACCGCUCCUCGAAAUCUCUUGCUACACGAAUCCCUAGAACAAUUUCUUCUCCAACUGUUAGCAAACGCCGCAUGCCGCUGGCCAUUGCUCCACCAGUAAAGUCCAAAUCAAUGCCGACUUAUAAACCUACUUCUCAGGAACUUUUGAGCUCAGAAGACAAAAUUUUGACAAAUUGCCAAUUGCUGGACAAUGACUCGUCAAUGUUCAGCUCGUCUAACUCUUUGGAUGACAAAACCGUUUCUUAUAAUCGUAAUCCACUUACGGAACAAAAAAGCUCAAUGAAGGCAACAAAUAAACUUUCCGAUGAGAGUAUGGACUCAUCUUCAGCCAAAGAUCUUACAAGUCUCAAUUUACUUGAUGAUAAUAUUGCCUCUGAUGCUGCAACUAGCGCCUCAUGCUCAGGCUAUUCCAACGAGGCCAGAAGUACUGAAGAGGAUGCAAGCGCCAAAGAGCCUGGAAGUACCGAAGAGGCCAUGAGCACCAAAGAGUCUACAAGGACCAAAGAGUUUGUAUGCACUGAAGUGGACGCAAGCACCGAAAUGGCUGCAAACACCGAAGAGGCAGCAAGCACCAAAGUAGCUGCAAACUUCGAAGAGGCUGUAAACACCGAAGAGACUGCAAGCACCAAGGAGGCUGCUAGCGACAUGGAGGCUGGUAGCGCCAUGGAGUCUGCUAGCCCCAUAAAGGAUGCUAACGCCAAAGAGGCUGCUAGCACCAAAGAGCCUAGAAGUACCGAAGAAUAUGUCAGUCCUGAAGACUGUGUUAGCACUGAAGAGCCUGAAAGCACCAAAGAGACUUCGUCUACCGAAGAGGCGGUAAACAUCAGAAAAGUGUCAGGAUUUGAUAAGGAAACUAAUCUUCCAAGAUCAAUUUUGAUGCAAGAUUCUCUGGAGUCUCCCGAAAUCUGUAAAACUGAGACUCAGCACAGCGAGACUGAGUGUUCGACCGAGUCUCAUGAAGUAAAUAACCCUGAGACUCGGCACAGUGAGACUGAGGAUGCGACCCAGCUAGUAUCAGAAACUUCGAAGUUGCCUCGACAAAACUGUGUUUCUGACGAUGUUUUUAAGGAAAGUUCUGCCGCUUUCCUCAAGAGCAUUCUCAACGAUGAUCUUGCAAUGUCAAGUGACUCCGAGGACGAUGAUUAUCUAAACGAUGAUCUACGUUCCUUUCCUUGUUCAUCAGAUAAACCAAGCAAUCCCUGUUCGGGUCAAGAAGUUAGCAUGUCUGCUGCAUCUCCAAGACAACCUCCUAUUGCUCUAUCUAAUCGCUCGUCUCCUGUGGAAUCGUUGAGUUACCAUAAAUUACCAACUUUAGCGAUGGAAAUUAUUUCACCAAUAAAAUCGCCAUCUUACAAUCCAAGCACCGAUUCCGCAGAAAUAUCAUCACGAACGUCUACCCCAAUGAAAAUUUCGUCGAAGGAAUCCAUCUCUGACAAAGACUGUGGUACUGUCAAGCACAAAAUUUUAUCUUUAGCAAUUGAAGCAGCCAAUGUACAAACAAUUAAUGAACCUGCAAGUAAAGUGCAAGGUACUUAUUCUCCAGUAGUGGUUGUGAGUUGCCCUACUCCUGUAUCGGUAGCAGUGGACGAAAUUCGUGGGAAUGCUUCGUCAAUGGACAGACGCAACACUUCGAAAUCAGAUAUAUCUAUUUCUGCUAAAAAAACGAAAGCAGCAGAAAAUGAUAAGUGGAUAAGUAUUAGGGGAAUUUAUACUGGUCUAGACCUAAGUUUGACUGACGAUGACUCGGAAAAUAGUUUUCUGACUAACAAGACUGGAGCCUGGACAGAAUCUUGGAACCACAACACCGAAAAAACUCUCACUCCGACCUUCUGUGAGCCGGAGAGCUCUCAGGUUGAUCGUUGCAAAGAAAAUUGUGAUAAGAAGUUGUGUUCGUCGUCUACUGUUGCAAGUUCCAACACUGAGGAUCAUUCUCAUGGGGCUGAUGGAAAAAAUGACGAUGUUGUUGUCAGCUCGAUUUGUUUGAGUAAGCAAAGCACGUAUGAUAAAACAAACUUUACAAAUACCGAUUCAGAAACCAUUAAUCAACGCAGUUUGGAUGUUACUCCUGCUAACUCUUCUGUCUGCGAAAACUCUAAAGAUUGUAAUUUUGAAGGUUUUACUUCACAGAAAAAAGUUCCUUGUACCGACCUAGAUACUGCCAUGGUUGUAGAACCGACCACGCUUCCAAACGUCCUCGACCAAGUUCCAAGUUCAUGUCGAGCAAACAUUCCUGGAAUUCUAGGUAGAAAUACGGGUGAGAAGACUCGAAGAUUCAGCGGCAGUGAAAGAGUCGUUGCCGAGUUUGAAUCACCGCAUUCUUAUAGUCUUAGAAGACGCUCCUCGUGUAGGGAUCCUCCAAACGAAAGUACUCCAAUCAAAAGCACUUCUGCCCAACGAUCUAGGAAGGAUUCUACAAAGAAAGCAAAGGCUUGUAAGCAACCUAAUUCUCGCUCUUUAAAUGAACCAGAGGCUGUUGCUGGCGAUGAAGAUCUGAUCUCUCCCUGCGAUGUAUCUUCCAUGGAAACCCGCGUCAAAAUUAUAGAGCCAGCACAAAAUUCAUUUUCUGAUGAUUACAAGAAAAAUAUCCGAUCAAUCUUUGACUCGCUAAAGUCACCCGAUUUAUUGAUUGAGGUUCCUAAUUUUGUACUACCUACUCAUUUUUCGGCGGAAUCCAAGUCAUUGGUUGGCCCUUCUUUCACAGAGGUUCAAAAGGAACACAGUGUAAUCCAAAAUUCGUUUGCUCCUUCAUUGCGGCGCUGUGAACACAAGCAUACUCUACCUCUUCUUCCUGUAGUGGAACCCGCCUCCAUUGCAUCAUCUUCUGACGUCGACGCGACCGCAAACGAAAUGGUUAUGAACCAGAAGCCUUUGGAUACCUCAUAUCCACUUGUUUCUGGCAACGAUACCACAAUAGAAAAAAAGUUUUCGAACCUCGAUUCUGAUGAGAUUUCCACUGAAAUUGUUGCCGGUAGUACAAAGAUGACAGAAAAAACUAACGAGUGCAACGACGCUGAUGAGAUUUCCACUGCUGUUGUCACCGAAAGUUCCUUGGCGACGGAAACAACUGCGAGUCACAAUUUUGAUGAGAUUUCCACUGCUGUUGUCUCCGGCAGCACGCUGACGAUGGAAACGGCUGCGAGCAACAACGCUCAUGAAAUUUCCACUGCUGUUCUCACCGAGAGUUCGUUGACGACGGAAACAACUGCGAGUCACAAUUCUGAUGAGAUUUCCACUGCUGUUGUCACCGGCAGUGAGGUCAUUUCUGUAAAGAUAGAAAAUAAGCAGAAACCCGUCGCUACAUUUUUACCUGCUGUAAUCUUGCAAACGCAGCAACGCUAUCGACUACGGAAAAAACAUUCCCCUUCGAUUUACUCGAUUCCGCUGAAAUCGAAAAUUUCUGUUGUCGAACGCGAACAUUCAAAGUCGAAUGUGUGUGAUCUCGGAAACGAUUGUGUUGAAAGCGUCCCAACCGAGGAUUCCGAUAACGUUGAGCAUCAGAUGAAAAAUUCACCUCUUACCUCGGCAAACAACGAAAAUGACGUACCUGCAACAAGUAAUGCUCAUGAGCAUUAUGCCUCAUCAGAAAAUACAGAAAAUUCAAUUUCCCUCUCAAAGACUUCUUCAACCACUUCUCAAAAUAGUUCAUCAUCUUCUACCGUCAUUCAAAAGGAUGACGAACUGGAACGCGAUCAGAACUCACCACCAAUUGUUAAAUCCUUCCCUCCAGCACGCAAGACCAAAAUUACAUCACUUGACGCCACUGACGGAACCUCACUCUCUGUUAAACAAGAGAUUCUGGUCGACCCCACCAGCAAGGCCUCCAGAAAGAGAAAAGCCAUGGUUUUCAAAUCAACAAAACGAGUCAUAAUUGAUUCUCCCCCUCGUCCUGUUGCAAAUUUUCGAAAGGUUAAUAGAGAGACAAAGAAAAAUAUGAAAACAGACGGGGAGAAAAUCAAGAAACCAUGCAACAAGCAAGUACAGCAGAGCGUCAUCAUUUUGAAGAAGAGUUCUAUGCAUAAACUCUCACAAAACAAAGUAAAUGUUAAACAGAGUGGUGACGCAUCACUCAGAUCUCGUCAAAGCACAACGGAUACUUCUGACCUUGAUGUUAAUGCCAUCAAUGAGGAAACGACGAAAGCUGAUGUCGAUAAUCCCAAAAGCAGAAAUUGUAUUGGUCUAUCGAAGACAAGCAAAUGUGAUGAAGUUGCGAGUGCAGAUGAAGCUCGGCAGUUGACAUUAGCUCCCAGAUCGCAGGAAAUGAACGUCAAUUUUACUAGCAGUGACUCAGAAUCAGAGCCAGAGCUCCGUAUUAUUAUUGAUGAACUUACUGUCGAAGCUGACUUUGUGAAAUGCAAAUCGGGUCAUGAAAAUUCUUCCGUUAUAUCGCCUCUUGGUGCAAUCGUGCAAGAAGGGCUUACUAUUGAGAAAAGUAAUGAUGUUUCUGGCGAUUUGGUCCGCGGCUCCGAAAAUGGUGCAGGCAGCGUGUCGAUUCGACCCGAUAAAAAGAAAAGAGUAAUACCAGACGAUGAGUCCCUCGAACCAUCAAUUUUAGGUCAAUGCAAAAAGUUAAAAACCGAUCUCGUUGGACAUCCGAGUAACGAAUUGAAACCUGUUGCGACUGAAAUUGUCGGAACUAAAAGCCCCCACACAACUGUGAAAGUUGGCAUUUCGACACCUCGCCAAACGGCAGGAAAGAAGGUAAACUUUUCUGCCAGUCAGUUGAAAGAAUUAGAGAGAAGGAAAUCCAUGUCUAAUCCAACGUCGAAUAUUGUAUCCAGAACAUCAGGCCAUCUAACUCCAUCAAACUUUAGUGCAACCCUCAGCGCAGCCAAGUCAAAGGUAUCUCGUGCGUCUUAUUCUCCCAAGAAUGCUUCGACAUUCGCGAAAACGUUGCCAGCAGCAAGAGAAAAGAAAGUAAACAUGAAAAGAACGCCAGGGCUUUUAAAAUCGGCUGCCGCUGCUGCAACAGCUGCUGCUCGCCGCACCUUUGUUGGGACGCAGCGACCGCAUGGUUCGCACAUGAAACGUGUCCUCCCACCUGCAGAUGAUAGCUCCUCAGAUGAGCUCUGUAUCAAGCGAAGCCCGGGAAAGAAAAUGCUCUUGGUUGAUAGUGAUUCUGAGACUGAUGAUUUUGUGUCACCAAAGAUGUCAAGCUCAACAUCUUCAAGUGAAAGAUUUGCUAAAAAGCGUCGAAUAAGCUCAGAAAAUUCACCGCUUUUAAAUAGUCAAAACCGAACUUUGGGUUCAGUUCUAGACAAUUUGUCACUAAAAUCGGUUCAUGUGAAGAAGAGCUCCAUUUUAUUAGGAAAUAAAAUUGAUUCAAGUAGAAAAAGCAAGACUGACAAUCCAUUGAUCGACAGUCCUGCCAUGCUUGAUAAACUUUCACCCAAUUAUACACCUGCAAGACAUAAAACUCCAUUGGAUUCUGACCUUCUCUCCAGCACAUCGGAGACAGGGUCUACUACUCUGAAAUCUAUGAUUGAUCCUCACUCAACAAAAUCUUCCAAAACGCUACCAAAACAUGGUUGCAGUAAGAUUGAACCUAAUUUGCGAAUUGAUGUCCCCUGUGACUAUCCUGCUGUAAGUUCAGCCCCUGCAAGUUUUCACUCCGGUCCCAGAAACAUAGCUCCGACCUCAGCGUUGUCAUCUACUGCCUCGCUUCCCGGCCCAAGUAAGAAACGUGAUUUGACUGACAUAAUCGGAUGUUCGGCUGAUAAUUCUCCCAAAGCUGUGAAUUCAGGUGUUAAUUCUGAAUUCCGCGAUAAUAUUAAGCCAAUUUCCUACUUCGGGAAAGAUAUCUUGGCAACUACUAACUCAGAAAACGAGUCAGCUUGUGAUCUUCAUAGCUCUGAAGAGUCAUCCGUGUCUGACGUCGAUGAUGAUAGCUCUCCACAGACCGUCACCGAUUCAACGGAACUUUAUCCUGUUCUUAAGCUAGCGGAUCCUGAACUCGAUACGAGUCGUUUUGAAGACGUAUUCGCCGAGUUCAGCGCUUUGAUAGAGACUCAGAUGCAAGCUCGUUUGGGAUCCUCUGAUUGGAAAACUGGAGUGCAUAGGCUCGUUAACGCGCUGCAGAGACGUCUUGCCAAAGUCGCUUCAGCUUCGAUAUUGAGUCACUUGCGACCCGUUGCUCGUGCCUUUAUCGAGGCUAUCUUGGAAAUAGAUCCUCUGGAUGAUUUACCUCUUGGAGCCCGAGCUUUGUGCCCAAUGCUUUACAAGCUGUUUAUGCUUGCAAAACUCAUUGAAGCGAACGUAAGCACAGUGCCAGCCCAUGCCCUGGAAGAACUCAUCACGAGUACAUGUGAAAGUUUGAUAUGCAACUCUGGUUUCACUGGAUCCAGUGGCGGAGAAAAUGCUCCCACUUUAUCAGCUGCAUCCGUUGCAAGCUUGUGUGCGUGGCACACGGCCUCCUGCUGCGUGGCAAAGAAAGGAGAUCGUAAACCUCAAUGGCAGCGAUCUCGUUGCUUCAUAGUGAAUGUUCUAUGCCACUAUCCUGGCUCAGCUCACGCUGCGUUACUUGCUAGUCUGUUCCUGGCUCGCUUCGUGUUCCUCAGAGUAGUCAAGUACCGCUCCAGCACCGGUCUGGAACGCGUUAUUAUAUGGCUUGUGCACCACGGUGAAUGGAUUGGCAAACGCAGCGUACGAAAGCUUCUCAUCGAGAACAUGAUCCAAAGGCAUUCUUGUGUUAGUCCUCCCGCUGAACCUCUGAUCCUUGUUCGCUCAAUCGUGGAUUCUUUGCUCCAGACAAAGAAUAAGGCGAAGAAAUUCAUCUUCUUGGACUAUCCUCAGAACAUCAAGACAGCACUCCUAGGCUUCGAGGUUCUUGGCUGUUGGAAGAGGAAGCCUUGGGUGACGAAUGAAUUGUUACCGUUUUUGGUAAAAGUUUUGGCAUCCAAGAAUCAAAUACCGGCAUCUAAACUCUGCCAUUGUAUUUCUAUCAUUACUGGUGCUGUACUGCCUCGUGUCGGCAUCGACAAAGAUGAAAUACGGGAACUGUUGCAGAAAAUUGAAGAAGACGGAGGUUCAGCCUUGCUCACAGCGUCGCGCUUCGUGGACCCAAAACUGCAGCCUGACGACGCUCUAGUGCCGAAGCUGCUCAGCGCGCUCGCCGAUUCCCUCCUGAAGAUCAUGCACGAUCAAGACGCCUAGCACGGCGGCUCCAUCGUGAAGAUCAUGCACGAUCAAGACGCCUAGCACGGCGGCGUCAUCGUGAAGAUCUGCCGUCAUGGGCUACUGAUCGGUCUUCAGGGUGGGCAGAACUGCUGAAGCGAACCUUUCCUGAUCCUGACAGCCAAAUCUAUUCAUCGAUGAAAUCAACUAUUAUUAAUCCUCAUGUUCAGUCCCGCAUUGAAUUUAAGUUUCCUACAAGAUAGGUAUGAACCUGCUUUAUUUAAAUUAGUGACCGCGUUAGUGGGAUCUUUUUACAUUUCUUUCUUAUAUCUCUGAGCUUUUGUUAUCGUGUAUUCAUAAAUGCAAGAAACACGUUCUUCCUUUCUACUAUGAGGUAUUCUUUCCGGUGGUUACGAUGUUAUUUUCUUGAAAUACAAGUAUAAAAACUAGCAACUUUCGGCUUUGGAAAAUGAGUUUAUCGAAACCUUGUAUUCCAUUACAGAUAUUAUAAGGUACCUUUUUUCGUGAGGUCCUUCAUGUUGAUUUCUUUAUUUUAUAUGGAUGCCGUGAAAGAUUUAUCGUGCCAUUUUCACUAAUUCUUAAACAACGUUUUAUGACUAAGGUACUGCGACUGUAAAGGACGCGUGCGGCUUACGCAAUGGUUUAUUACUGCAAGACUCUGCCGUAAUAUUAUGAUUGAUAUCGUGAGGUAUAUCGCGUAAAGGAUGAUGAUUCUUGUCUGCCCAUGACUCAAUAAAAGCACACAUCGUGCUGUGAGUCCUGAGCACUCGAUUUUCAUGUUUUAUAUCUCUAUAUAUCAAGGAUUUUAGCAGUUUUGAACCAGCUUAUUAUUUUGACUUCAACUAUUUAAAAACAGAAGGAUGUCUUAGUAUCCAGUAAUUCGUUUAAACUCGUUUGUCAUGUUCUCAUUGUUGAUGAUUUGUUCUGUUAUUUUUUUUACGAAGCGGAGCUCAAAGUUACUAUGUCUCGAGGAGAGUGCGUUCCUAGUCUCACUUGAUUUUUUUGAUUUAUUUACUCCUAAGUUAUGCCCUCUCUGUCAUGCUGCUCCUACGGAAACUAAGUAAUGAAUAGCAAUCGGAUUGUGGUGGUUUUAAAUGGAAAGGAAAUACAGUUGGGAUGUCUCAUAAGCAUUUAUCUCAACGAAUCUUAGGCUAGACACUAACGUAUGUGCGUCUUUGAUAUGUUCCCGUUGAAGUAUAUAUUGUAAGUUUGUAUCACGGACUAUAUAGUUUUAUAAUUUUUUCAAGGAAUAGUUGGCACCGUUUGUGGAGCCAUAAAUGUUAUUUAAGUAACGUCGCCAAAACACUUGUUGACGCGUGCAGUAACAGUGCCGGGUAACUACCGUAUUCACUCUUAAGACUUCUCUCUUGCCUGGUCACAUUUAUGCAGAAUCUUCAGAAACCGUAUGCAUGCCUACAAAUUUGAUUUAAGAAGCAUGUGCUUGUCUUUUUUCACAUUGGUUCUAUUUUUUAAUCAAAAUUUAUCACCUCAUGUUUCAUAUAUAUUUCAGUAAUGCUGAAUGAGUGAAUGUUUAUGCCAAAAGAUUCAUUUCUGUUGUGAUCUGUUCGGAUGGAAGGCCUCGAGACUCGUUUAAACUAAUUUUUCGAGCCCUUUUUAUUGUCAUAUUUGACGGAAUUGCCGAACGCAGCCGGGCAUUAAAUGUUCUCGAUUAUAUUGCGGCCUGAGUGGAAACCUUUUAAAGUACAAAUAUCUGUAGGAUAAGCCUCUGUUAGGGGCUUUGUUCUUAUGCUACUCAACGUUAGCAUCGGUCAUUGCAUGGUGUUGGAUGCAUUUGUUUAUAUUAUUGUUUCAACAAAAAGGAUGCUCUACUUGUGAUCAUACGCUGAUUCUAAA